CCUUUGUCACUCGUCUUCCCUUGUCCUCGACCAGUAACGCGGAGUGUUUGGGACAAUGAAUGACAUAGUCACGUUCGAUCACCUCGAGUAGUCAGUCACUAGGGACGACGAGUCUAUAUCAGGACGACUGGCUUCCGAUUCCAGAGACCUUCGCUUCUCCAUAUCAUCAACAAGGUCUUUACCAUUCUGCAAGCGGAACCAACAAAGACAACCCUACCUCUCACGCAAACACCCACCAACACACAACACACCAGCAGCCCAGCAUGCACCUAAAUUCAUUCUUCACCACGCUCCUGCUUGGCGCGAGCUCGUUCCAGCUCAGCUCUGCCGCGACUAUCCACCGUCGGGAAUGCAAGGUCCCAACACCAGUGGACACCUCUACCUGUAGCAUCAGACCGAAGGCUUGGGGGAACCCUACUGUCAUCAAGAUCGGAGUUCCACACAGUGACGAACUAUGUGGCAAACUCGAUGCUUUGCAGCGCAAGAAGCUGCCUGCGAUAGAGCACUUUCGCUGCAAAAAGGACGGCUGCGGCUUAACCAAAAUCACGUUCAGCAUGGGGUACAGCCCCGAGAAUGUAGACUGGCUAAAUGACAGCCUGGCCAAAGUGUGGCCACAAGUCAAAUUCGUAUGCCCACGGGACCUCGAUUACGAAGAAAAGAUCUUGAAGCGCGAGUGCAAAGUCCCAAUGCCAGCUCAUACCUCAUCCUGCAAGCCUGAUAACCAGGGAUUGACUCCGGCCUGGCACAUCAAGAUCGGCGAGCCACACACUAACGAGCUCUGCGGCAAACUCGACGCACUUCAACGCACCAACUCCGGAAUCGACAAUUUCCGCUGUCGCAAAGACGGCUGCGGCUUGACUAAGAUCGACUUCAGCAUGAAACUGAGCAACAAGAACGCUAAGUGGAUCAAUGACAACCUCAGCUCCGUGUGGCCAGAAGUCAAAUUCGAAUGCCCAUUAGACUGGAAGCGUGAUGUCCCAGCACUCUUCAAGCGCGAGUGCAAGAAGCCAACCCCCAAAGACACUUCAAUCAACAAGGUCGAAGGCGCCGGCAAUCGAGAUUGGUGGCGUAUCAAGAUUGGCGUUCCGUACAGCAAAGAACUCUGCGGUAAACUCGAUGCGCUCCGCAAAGAAAUACCCGAUUUUCACCAUUUCAGCUGCAAGAAAGAUGGCUGCGGCCUGACGAAAAUCCACUUCGUUCUCGACCACUGGGAGAAGGAGACCAAGAUGGUCACCGAGGCUCUAACCAAAGUCUGGCCACAGGUCAAAUUCGAUAUUCCCAAGAACUAUGCAGAGAGCCAGAGGGUCAACAAAGGCAUCAAGAACAUCAAGCGUGGAUGUGAUGCUGCUCAAGAACCUAACACUCAAACUUGCGAAAUAGCCGGCAGCGGCUCAGAUACCCAAUGGCACAUCAAAAUCGGCGUCAAGCCCAACAAAGACACAUGCAAAGCUUUGAAAGGCUACAAAGACGGAGGCUUUCACGACUUCCACUGCGACGAUGAUGAAUGCCAUAACACAAAGCUCGACUUCAAAAUGGACCAUAAUCAAACAAACGCCAAAUUCAUCAACACACUCCUCGCAUUCACCUACCCCGAAGUCAAAGACGGCUACACGUGUCCACUCCAUGCAAAACGCGACGAAACAGGCACAAAACCGGAAAAGAGAGAAGCCUCCAUGCCAGAAGACUACAGAACCGACGACGAAAUCUGGGCAGAGUCCUGGAAAGAGGAGCCCGACGGAAAAUACUACCACUGCGAACGCGAAGACGACAACAAAAAAUAUCGCUAUGUCAUCGACCUUCCAAAACCCGAGGAUGAAUGUGACGUGCUCAUGAGAUUGGUGCAAGGCGCGCCAAAAGAUGUCACCAAAGUACGCUGCGAAAUGAAGCAAAGCGGCAGAACGACGGUCUACAUCGACAUGCGAUCUUUUGAUGACACAAAUGCCCUGGACUGGGUGACGAAAAUGCUGCGGACGAUGUUCAAGGAUGGACUGAAGGCAAAUGGAGGAGAUUACCACAAGUGUCCGAAAGCUGUCAUCGAGGAGACUGCACAGGGGGAAGGCGCGUCUCUGUGAGUGGCAAGCGUACCAGGGGCGUGUUGGCCAUGUUCGGACGCUAGGUCUGGUUGUGUACUCCAGGAACG